GGCGGCCGCGCUCCCCGCCCGGGCCCCCGCACCCGGCCCCGGGGUUGCACGGGGACCCCCUUCCCCUUCCUCCACCAGGCCCGGGGUUGCAUGCAGACCCUCCUUCCAGGCCCAAGGGUUGCAUGCAGACCCUCCCUCCAGGCCCAAGGGUUGCAUGCAGACCCUCCCUCCCUUCCUCCAGGCCCAAGGGUUGCAUGCACAUCUCCCUUCCAGGCCCUGGGGUUGCAUGCAGAUUUCCCCUCCAGGCCCUGGGCUGCAUGCAGACCCUCCCUCCAAGCCCCAGAGUUGCACGGGGACCCCCUCCUCCAGGCUCCGGGGUUGUAUUAGACCUCUUCUCCAGGCCCUAGGGUUGCACGCCUCCCCCCCCUGCCAUGGGCUGCACGCAGACCCUCCCUCCAAGCACCGGAGUUGCAUAAGGACAACCCCUCACCCUUUUUCCAGGCCCUGGGUUGCAUGCAGAACUCCCCCUCCCCCCCUUUCCAGGCCCUGGGGUUACACGGGGACCCCCUCUCCAAGCCCCUGGCUGUAGGGACUUAUCCCCUUCUCUCCAGAGGCGUGGGGCACACAGGCAUCUCCCUCCAGACAUGGCCCUGACCCCUCCAGGCACAUGGGCACCUCAUGUCUGGCCUGGCAGGAGCUGGGGGGGACACAAGGGUCUGGGGCAUUGGGUGAGAAAAGGUCCCUGGGCACAACUGGUUGCUCCCUCCCUGCACCGGGAAGAGAUUUAAGGGCUCUAGGUACCUGCUGGCUGGCCCCCUGUAACCCGGUCCAUGCCUGCCUGGGUGCAGAGCACAUGGGUCCUGUGCGUGCAGCACUAUGCCCCCUUUCAAGCCUCCUCUCUUGGCCGGGACCAGCCACCCAGGCCUCGACUGUGCUAGGAGGAGAAGGGUUGUCCAGCUCUGAUUUCUGCAGAGGGAAGAGCCCCAGGGAGGAUUUCCUAGGCUGCAGCAUCCUGCCCAGCCGCCUUUCCCCGCUCGGGGCAGCUGCAGGCAUGUAGGAAGCCGGUGAGCCUUGGCACCCAGGCUGGAAACAGGCUUGACAGGUCCCGGCUGGAAAAGCUGGAACUGCCUUCCCAUCUGCUCACCUCAUCCCUCUGCGUUGCAUCACACCCUUGGUCUCCACUGUGGCUCCAACAUCCCACCCCACUCCCCAGAAGAGAAACAGGGGCAGCUCAGUGUGGGGACUGGUGUUGGUGGCUGUGCGGUGCUUCGUGCUUGGGCCCAAUGCAGAACGAACCAAAGGGUACCCAGAGACAGUCAGGAGUGCUGGGGGCCUUGCUGUGAUAUGGGUCAUUGCAAAGAAGACCCUUUUUUGGAUGAGGCGCUAGGCUGGGACUCCAGCGCUGGAUGAGGUGCUAGGCUGUAGGGUGGGCAUAGCAGCAUUUUCUGUGUCAGAUUGCUCUCCUGUUAUUUUAAACUCCGGGGUCGGGAACUCGGUUACAUGUGUUGGUUUGGAGCAGGGUACAAUAGAACCCUUGAAGUACUUGUUAUGUGUCUGCAGCAUUACAACAGAAGAGUGACCCGGUGGUUUUACGUCCUUUGCAGGGGACAUCCCCCUUCUUCUCGGCCUUGAAUGACCUGCUGUAGUUAGAGGGUGAAGGCCUGUCCCUCGCACUGUGGGCAGGCUGACUCCUCCUAGAGUCUACAAAUGCCUCCAAAUGUGAGGAUCUCAGCUACGCAAUUUAUGGUACCGGGGGAUGGCUGUCAGGCUUUCUGUCUAGCUUGGCCUUUUGGCUGGGGCAAGCAAGACUAGGGGACAUCUGGGUUUGAGGCUUGCUCAUAGGAUGCCUGCCAUGGAUCUGGGAGUAUAUAAAGCCCCAGGUUGAUGAGUGUAGGAAGGAAGAUACUUGCCGGUGCUUGUGCCACACAGAUUUGAACAAUUGAGCUCUGAGAAUUCGGAACGGAUUUGGCUGAUUUGGCCCAAGACACGGAAUUAAAAAAAAUCUAGGGACAGAUUAAAUUGGUGAUCCCACAUAUCUUGUCUGCCUGGAAACAGGUGUGAUCUCAGUCUGUAACUUGAAUAAUGGCUGUAUCAUAUAGUCAUGGGAAUCUUUUCGCCUUUUCAAAGCAUGGGACGUCAAGGAGAAGUCUGCCCAGGCAGGCAAGGCCAAUAAUUAAAAAUACUGUAUGAACCAUUCAUUCUGUAUCCAUGUCGGCUAUCGCAGCUUAUGCCACUGAUGGAUUUCUUUUGUCAUGCUAUCGUUCAUUUUCCCUUACCCAGCUGACUUGUACACAUCUGUAUUCUUGAGCCCCCAAAUCAAAGCAGUUACCCAAAGCCUUGCCUCAUUUGCUCCUCCUGCAUCCCUGUCUCCAUUAAAACUGUGUGGGUCAGCUCUGGUGGCACCUGCAAUGGGACAAACAGGAAUCUGGGGGCUUGUGAAUGCUAUGCUGGUGUUGAGUCUUGUUUGCUGCAUGCCGCUUCGUCUGCCUUCCCAACCUCGGGCAGGGAUCCAGAAUAAUGGUCCCUAGCUCUCAACCAGACCAAUUGCCAUGUUGAUAUUAUGGUGUUAGAAACACAGAUCUCAAUGUGUAUCAAAACCUUCUGUGUAAUACUUAUUGAGCAUGCAGAAAUGCAUAUUAACAGACUUCAGCUUAGAUUCCUGCAAGUAGCAUUAUGAACAUAUAGGAAAUGUAAAUAUUAUGGCAAUAUAGCUCAUAAGCAACAGGCACAAACAAUUGCAGCAGGUUAGUUCGUAGACACUGUUGCACUGAAGUUUACACUGAGUGUUUCUAGCAGUUUGUCCAACUGUUACUGUUUGAAAGAGAGAUUCUGCUUGUAUCACAAGGGGGGACCUAUAGAAAUGAUCAGGCUGGUAAGAGAAACUUACUCUUAAAUUUGCUGCCUGAAGAGAAGUGCAGGCAGGUAAUGCAGGCCCUGCUGAAGGAAAUCACCUGUCAGAGUUCUGGGCAACUUGACAGUUUAGGAGGGAUUAGAGGAAUUAUCUAGCUCAGCAACAUUUGCAACCCUUUUGCACCCCUGACUCAUUAAAAAGGCUGCAAAACUCACUCUGUGUCCCAGAAUCUAGGGGUUGCAAAAGAGUUUUAGACCUUAAUCACGGGAUGAAAUGAUGCAAGUUUUGGGGAAAAUGGUGCUGGGGGCGGUUAAGCAGAGGGGUAAGGGGAGGCUACCACUUAUUAUGCCAUCUUUACUUGCUUUAUCAUUGCUUCAUCCUUCUUAAUACUCCGUGGUGUUUGUCAUCAGCCUGUUUUUAUCAUACACUUGGAUUGUGAGCUGUCUGGGGGCAGGCUCUGUCCUCGUUUCCUUGUCUCUCCAGCCCCGUAGCACACUGGUGCUCUGAUGGGGGUCUCUUGACAUCAUUGUGAGGCAAAUUUGGGGUGGAGGGUGGGGAAAGGAGGGGGCAGAGGUAAAAUAAAUUCUUAAUUGAUCUUCCCAGAGCGCACCAUUGAGUUACAUUGUCCUUUCUUAUAUUAGGAAAGGACAAUGCUUUUUGCUUACUACUCCACAGCUUACACUGCCCAGCAGUGUCCUCUGAUUUUUGCAUGCGGGGCUUUUAAAGUGUCUGUAAGAAAGUUUUGAAAGUUUUAAGCUGUCCCAGAAAUGCCUUAGGUUCACAAAGCUGAACUUCAGUAGUGGUAGGAGGAAAAUAAGGCUCAAGUCUAAAGCAGCAAAGGAGAACCUGGAGGUUUUUAGAGGAGAUCUGGAUCUAAAUGAAGAGUUGGGAAGGGGAAGGGGACUGCUGCAGCUGGCAGGGACCGUGGAGAAGGCUGUCGUGGAGGAGGUGGAAGAUCCAGCACUGCUUGAGCCAGCUGAGGUGGGGAGCAGAGAGGAUUGAUGUGAGGUGGUGGAUUUUCAGAAGAUAAGGAGCAGUUUUGGAUUGGGCCUUGGCAUGAAGAAAGAGCCAGUUGCCAGAGAUGUGGCAAUAUGCUCAGGUAAGCAUUUGUGUGGGGUGGUUUAAUCAGAGAUGAUCCUGCCUUGACAACUUCCUGAGGUCUCUUCUAGCUCCAUUUUUCUAUGAGCCUUUUUCUAUGUGAGAAAGGAGGGUAGGGGCUGGAGGCCAGAUGGAAGAGCAUGGAGGAGGCCCUGGGGAAUAAAGGGUGCAAUGGUCAGGCUGGAAGAAGAUGACAGACACCGGCAAGGACUUGACAUCCCCUGGCGACAGGCAUCACAGGCUCUGCAGAGGCAUCAGGAUGUUUGCUUAAUGUUGCCGACUUUGUUGCAUGCAGAAUAGUUCAUUUCUCAGCAGGGGAAGAGUCAAGACAGUGCCCAGCAGGAACAGUGUCACCAAGCAGGUUAGGUGUGGGCACAUUGUAAGGUGUGGGAAGAGAAGGAAGACUGAGGCUCAGGGAUGACUCUCUGGGAGCCAGGUCAUGUAGCUGGCCCAAAACACAGCAGCUUGCCUCUGAGAACUCUUCUGUCUGGUAGCUGCUGACCCAACGACGGGUCCAUUUCCAAGGUCUGCUCUUGAAAGAGCCAUCAGGGCUAGGACUUAGCUUUCCAGGGGACCAUCCCUCACCGUACUCUUCACCACAUCACUCAUACGCAUCCCAUACGGUGAGCUGGCUUGUCUCCGCAGGCUCCUACAACUGGAAACCGAGGCAAAGGGCUGUACAGGCGUUACGAUGUGUACUCUAACCCAGCGUUUGGACUGAUGUGUUGUGUAAGCAGCGUGGCUCCAAUGUAGGCAGAGAGGAGGGAAGGAUGAUCUCCUCCAUGCCCCUGCGUGUGGCCGGCAGCCUGGUGGCUUGGCUGUCCCUCUAUGCCUGGUUCUGUCACCGGUACAAGCGCCGUAGUUAUGAGUGGAGCUGUCGCCUAGUCACGCUGACCCACGGUCUCCUCGCCACCUGCCUCUCUGCCUACAUCGGUUUCAUUGAUGGCCCCUGGCCUUUGACACACCCAGGGUCACCAAAUACAACCCUCCAGGUCCAUGUGCUGUGUCUCAGCCUCGGCUACUUCCUCUUCGACCUGGGCUGGUGUGUAUACUUCCAGACGGAGGGUGCCCUCAUGUUGGCCCAUCACACGGUGAGCAUCCUGGGCAUCACCGUGUCUCUGGCGCUUGGCGAGUCGGCCACCGAGGUCAACGCUGUCAUCUUCGGCAGCGAGAUCACCAACCCGCUCUUGCAGGCCCGCUGGUUCCUGCGGGAGAUGGGCUGCUACCACAGUUUCACGGGGGAUGUGGUGGACUUCGUCUUCGUGCUCCUCUUCACGGGUGUUCGGAUCGGGGUGGGGGCCUGGAUGCUGUACUGCGAGCUCGCGUCUCCCAAGCCCCAGUGGUUCAUUAAAAUGGGAGGUGUGAUCAUGUAUGUCGUCUCCUGGAUCUUCAUGGUCAGCAUCUGCCGUUUUGCCAGGAGGAAAACCAUGAAGAAGUACCACACCUGGAGGAGCCGGAGGAGCGAAGAACUGCACUCAAAAGCCAAUGGACACCUGAAGUGCCACUAGCCAGGCACCACGGUGGCCCUUCGAGGUCAUGAUCUGACAGGAAGAGCAUUAAAGCCUGGCAAUGAAAGGCUGAUCUCAGGAGAUGGGCCAACCUGUGGUGGAGAUAACCGAGCCAAAUCCAUCCCUGCUGUAACUCUAUCAAGGCCUCUGGAGAGAUGCCACGGAGGCAACGGGUCUGGGGCACUGGGACUGGAAGCACUUGGCUCAGUGCUGUUCUGUAUGUGUGUAGACAUAUAGCCGGGCGUCGAGGAAGGGCUUAGUUUUCAGGCAGAAGCAGUUGCCAGUCCAGCCGCACAGGUGUAAAUAGCAGUAUUAGUGGUGAACUUCUUCAGCACUGAGCUCACCUUAAGGGCUGAUAAGUAGCACUAGAUCUCAGGGUCCAGCGUGCUGCCCAAGAGAGACACCUGGGGGGACUCUGGCAGGGCGGGGUGACUGGGAGUCCUGGCUCCUCCACCUUCUCAGUUCGGAGUCACUAACCUCUCCCCCCACUUCUCUUCCCCUCCGAACUGGGGGUGAUGAAGCUAAUCUACCUGUAAAAAGCACUUUUGGAUCCUUAGAUGAGAGGUGCUGUCUAUUUAUUUACUACCCUUGUGUUUCCUGCGGUGUCCGAGCCAGUGCAUAAGUCCCAGCGGCAGGACGCUUGAAGGACAGUUUGUUUUUUCAUGGUUACUUUAAACUAAUUUAAUAAUUUUUAUUUAUUUUUGUCUCCUAGUAGGACCCAGAGACUCCCGUUAGAAUCAGGGCUUGACUAUGCUAGGAGCUGUUCAGACGCACUGAUGCAAAGCGCUUACGGUGUUUCCUUCCCCACUUCCUCUGGCAGUUUAGAAACAAAAAAUCAUGUACAACCUGCUCCUGUUUCACAGAGAUGGGCCGUUCCACUGGCAGUCUGCAGAGCUGGGACCUGAUCCUGAGCUGGGUUCCCCGGGUGUAAAUAGGGUGCUGUCUUCAGUGGAGUCGGCCUGGAUCUGACCCAGCAUCUUUGAAGCCAGAACCAGGCUCCCCCUGUGGCUGUCAGACUGGGCUGCCCUGCAGAUUGGACCAGGGGAAGGGAUUUGUCAAAAUGGAAACUUCUUACCCCAGGGCCCGCAGGAAGGUUUCCUUGUUGGGGUUUCUGCCCAGUCCACUCCAUCCCCUCAGAAGAGGCAGUAAGCUGGCAUUGAGGGCCCUUGUUGGGCCCUACUGGUGUUCGAGUCUGGCCAGACAAUGGACUUGAACCUGGGUUUCCUGCAUCUCUAGUGAAUGCAUUACAGGGAAUCCAUGUCUGUCUCCCAGUCUGUCCUGCCAGAGCUCUUCUGCUAGCAUCACUCAUUGGGCCAGAGAGAGAGAGAGAGAGAGACUCUGUAGCUAGAUGCGUAGUGAUGUUGGAGACCCAAGUGCAAAUCCCGAUUGCAGUAAAUGCCAAGUGGACUUGCUGUAGCAGGAGGACAUGGGAGAGACCCUCCUUUGUAUAAGCAGCAGACGGAUGGUGCUGCUCUGACAGGUGUGCGCCUAGGCUGAUUUGCACAAAGUAAGCCCUUGGGCCUGGGCUGGUCCCUCACAUCUUGGGGUAGGGGCUAUGACCACGAUCAGCGUUUUUUUCUGAGGAUGGGUCACUGAUGUAUUGAAGGGGCCAGUUCAUCCUGAGGUGGAAUGGGUGAAAAAAUUCCCCAAGGCUGCUAAAGCCAUUUGAGGCAGGGACGUGGUGCUGCAUCCAGCCUGUGUGGCUGGCUGCAGCAUCUUCCUCUGCUCAUAGAUUCAUUGAUUGUAAGGCCAGAAGGGAGCUCGGAAGAUCAUCAGGUCCAGCCCCUUGCACCAAGCGGGUCAUGCUCUGCUCAUGCACCAUUGUUCAUUGAUCGCUGAAUGCCUUCAAGCACAGCUUGUUUUUUUGUUUUCAAUCCUGGGCUUUUGUGUUCAGAUUCCUCUGGCUUGAACCUGGACAGGACCUUUCCGUUCAGCUGCCAGUGGUGCUCAGUGGAGCCCAACAACAGAAGAGCAAAUUGCCACCUGUUGGUUCAAGCGAGCUGGGUGGACAGAAAGGGGAAAACCCUUUUGCACAGUGCAGCAUUAUGUGUUCAAGCUGGAAAGGAGAGAGAUGAUUAGCACAGGGGGUUAGGAAGGUUGCCUGAGUUAUGCUUCCAACUCUGCCUCUGGCUUUGGGUAGGUUGUGGUACCUCUUUGCCUCAGUUUACCCAUCUGUAAAACAGGGCUAUUGACCUACCUCAUGGGGUGUUCUCAUUAGCAAAGCACUUUCCCCACCUUUUGUUAUGGGCUUGUAGAAUCAGUUGGGCAGGGCUGUUAAAUGCAGAGUAUUGUUGCUGUGAUUUGAACCCGUCUCAUCAUGGUGUAAGCUAUGGACUGGGAUUAGAACUAGACUCUCUGACUUUGAUAUAUUGCUUCUCAGCUUCUGGCUUACUCUGGGCAUGGAAGUGCGGGUCAUGAGAUGCUACUGAACAGUGUGUGCAGGAGGGACCAGCUGCUGUGGGGAACUGGAGAUAUCCCUUGGGGCCAGUCCUGCAGUAUGCUUUCAGGCAGCAUUCCCAGUUUGAAAGGAAAAGGAAAGGGUCAGGGGAGGGAGGUGUUGGCCAUGUUAAUCCAAAGCAGACCUGAUCCAAUUUUCAAAGGUGCUUGUGUGCAUUUGCAUGCACAAGUAUUGCCAUUGCAGCUGGCCAAGGAAGCUUGGGAGUGCAGCUGAAGUCCAUGCAGGUGCUAGUUAGCUGUGCCACUUACAUGAGCUGUUGCUUGCUUGGAAAUAUAUACGCUUCCUUGGCCACAGGGUUCGUUUCCUUGUGCUAACGAAAAGCCAAAGGAGAUCUUGUUGCAGAUUGCAGAGCUGCUGCUGAGAACAUGAAACAAGGGUGCUGGAAGGAAAGGCAUCGCUAGCAAUGGCUUUGGACAUGGGGGCCAGCAAGCCUUCCUGAGACAAGGUGUUGUCACACUGGCGAUGGGCACCAGUACAGAUCAAGUCCCAGAGAACACAAAGGUACGUUGCCAGUGGAGGUGGGGAGAUGCCAUCCUAAAUUCUGUUGAGCCUGAGAGAGAACCCAUAACAUCUGCAAGCAGCAGGAAUGGGGAACCGUGGGACUCGUCGAAAGGGGACCAUGAAAUACUAACCUGUGUUGGAAUUACUGUGUAAUAAUUAUUAACGUUCCACCUGUGAAUGGUGUAGAUGCUUUGUAUUAUGUUUUAUAAAAUAAAGAUACUUUAACUAUACAA